UAGCUCUUGUUCAAGUCACUUCUCAGCUUUGUUCCUGGAAUUGCCCUCUUCCUUAGCUCAGAAUGAUUCUCAAGUCCAUCACAGACAGCUUUGCCAGUGUCAUCCAUGGCCUAAAUGUACAGCAUCUGACAGACCAAGUCCUUCAGAGAAGCAAAAGGAUGAUCCUGGACACUCUGGGUGUUGGCCUACUGGGAACCAACACAGAAGUCUUCCACAAAACAGCACAGUAUAGUAAAAUCUACAGUAGUGACGCCUCCAGCUGCGUCUGGGGACGGCCAGACCUCAGGCUCCCACCCACAUAUGCCGCUUUCGUGAAUGGAGUUGCUGUUCAUUCAAUGGACUUUGAUGAUACAUGGCACCCUGCUACACAUCCUUCAGGGCCAGUACUUCCUGUCCUCUUGGCUUUAUCAGAAGUCUUACCUCAGAAUCCCAAGGUCUCUGGACUUGACCUGCUGCUGGCUUUCAAUGUUGGAAUUGAAGUACAAGGUCGAUUAAUGCGUUUCUCCAAGGAAGCCAGUGACAUACCAAAGAGAUUCCAUCCACCAAAAGUUGUGGGUACUUUGGGCAGUGCCGCUGCUGCAGCCAAGUUUUUAGGGCUUGACCAGACAAAGUGCAGAGAGGCUAUGGCUAUUGCCGUCUCCUAUGCAGGCGCACCCAUGGCAAAUGCUGCCACACAGACCAAACCUCUCCACGUCGGCAAUGCAGCCAGGCAUGGGUUAGAAGCUGCUUUCCUGGCUUUGCUGGGCCUGCAAGGGAACCAGAAGAUCUUGGACAUAGAGGCAGGGUUUGGGGCCUUCUAUUCCAACUACACCCCACAAGCCCUACCAGCUUUGGAAUCUUACACGUUGUUGCUAGACCACCAAGAUAUAGCCACCAAGCGAUUCCCUGCCCACUUAGGAACACACUGGGUUGCAGAUGCAGCUGCUUCUGUGAGGAAGUACUUGCUCCCCACUGACAAGAUCAAAAGAAUUGUGCUUAGAAUCCCUGAUGUCAAAUACGUGAAUAGGCCUUUCCCAGUUUCAGAGCAUGAAGCCAGGCACUCCUUCCAGUUCAUUGCCUGUACUAUGUUGCUUGAUGGUGGCAUCUCAGUCCAGUCUUUCCACAAGAGCCAGGUUGACAGGCCUCAGAUAAGGGAGCUGCUUGAUAAAGUAGUGUUGGAGUACCCUCCUGACAAUCACCCUAACUUUGAUACACUCUACUGCGAGAUGAGCAUCACCCUUGAGAAUGGAAAUACCUUCACGGAACGCUGUGAUACUUUCUAUGGUCACUGGAGGAAACCACUGAACCGGGAAGACUUAGAAGAAAAAUUUAGAGCCAAUUCUUCCACUGUGCUCCCCUCUGAGGCAGUAGAAGGCAUUAUAAAAACAGUGAACAGAUUAGAAGACUUAGAGGAUUGUUCUUUGUUAACCACAUUUUUAAAGGGGCCAUCAAAGAAGACUUCAAAUUGUAUUCAGCAUGUACUCUCCAAUCAUAGCCUCUCUUGAUACUUCCAAAGAAUUGAAGGGUUUUGAUACUUUAAAGAUUCAUAGGAUCAUAAAUUUAGAACUGGAAGGGCUCUUGGAAGUACAUUCAGCACACUCCCCACAUUUUACAGACAAGGAAACUGAGGCACAAAGAGGUUAUUUGCCCAGAGUCACACAACUAGUAAGUGUCUGAGAUAGAAUUUGAACUCAAGUCUUCUUGACUCUAAAUAUAGCACUCUGUCCACUAUACCUCUCAGCUGCCAUGAUUUAGUAAUUGCUUUCAAAGGGCAAGCACCUGAAACUUGGGUUCCUUAUCAACCAACAAAUUAAAUAAACAGUGUUAAAUCAAGCAAGACAAACUUAAUUUCAGACAUAAGUCUCACUUGGCAUAUAUGGAAAUGGCAAGUUUACCUUGCUCUGUCAAAAGUAAUGGACAUAUUUCUUAAGGCAACAUGAAAAAUUUGCAAGGUAAUGUACACAUUGCUCAAGACAACAGGAGAAAGUUGCAAGACAUUCAUACAAUCACAGGAUCAUAAAUCUGAAGAUGGAAGGGACCUCAGAGCUCAUCUAGUCCAAACACUUCAUUUUACAACUGAGGAAACUGAGGCACAGGGAGUAUGUUACUUGCCUAAGGUCACACAGGUAGUGUCAGAGGCAAGAAGGUAAAUAAAACUUAGUCCAAAAGUGCCUUGCCAGCAAAUUUAGCCACAUCCAAACAGUUUUACUGACUGAUGGACUUUCAAGAGCUCCAUAUCUGGGGAGAAAUGUCAAUACAAUAAGCUAUUUCUUAGUCUGAGGGAACAGUUCUACAGCUUCCUCCACCAAGAGAAUUCUUAAUUAGUCCCAAGACUUGGCAAGACAGCCUGGUAGCCAGAUACAGAGAUCUGCAUGCUUAGAAGUGAAGAUCCAGGUAAUAAAGCUAUAGAGGAAGUUGUGCAAAGCACCAGAUGAGUGAGUAAUCAGAACCUAUCAAUUCCUAGAGAAUUUAGGCAAAAAUUACUUAACUUUUUGUUCCCUCCCACUUGUAAAGGUUGACAUUUAAUUACUGCAAAGUAUAGUCAUGCUUUCAGCCUGAUUUUGUAAAAAAAAAAAAAAGGUAUUGAUAAUGUACUUGAUAAAUAUGCCCUGUGUAGACACUCUGAGCAUAUUCUGUCCCUUAAUAUUUCCAUGCUUGUUUUGCAUGUUCAUUUACAGUUGGUUUACAUAUGUAUUUUUUCUUCUCAAUUAGAUUAUACACUCCUCCCGAGCAGGGACUUUGUAUUGUUUCAUUUAUAUCUCUUUCCCCCUCCUCCUCUGAUAGCCCUCAAUAUCCGAACCCCUAGCCCUCAGACUUAACCCUUCUAGCAUCUUGUAAUUGCUUUCUCAUCACUUAAUAAAUUUUGUUAUUAACUGUCA